ACCUAAUUAAAACAAACAUUGCUGCCUCAGUGGGAUACAUUUGAUUUGAGAUACUUUUGAAUUAACAGACUCUGUUAGGUUAACAGCAUCGCUGAUUAGGAUCGCCCGUGUCCCAAGCACCUUACAUAAUGGCCAAGCGAGAGACUUGGAAGCAAAUGCGCCAGAUCUUUGCCCAGGCGGUGGACGCAGUGCAUCCCGGCAAGAUAUUCGCCGACUUCCAAAAGUUCGACUUGCGGCCCCAAGUCGGUGAGAACCCAAGGGAAAUCUCCAUAAAACUGGAUGGACAGCGGCAGGACAUCAGCGGCAAGACCUGCCACAUCGUGGGAUUCGGGAAAGCGGUCCUGGCAAUGGCCAGCAAGGUGCAUCAGGAUCUGGGAGUCUGCUCAGCCGGCGGAGUCCUCAGUGUCCCGGUGAACACUCUCAAACAGUUCCAGCAGCCCAUUGCAUCCGGUUUGACUAUCCACGAAGGAGCAGUCAACAAUCUGCCGGAUGAGGUGGCUCUUCAGGCUGCCCAGGAGAUCAAGCAGCUGGCCGAGAAUAUGACGCCCCAGGACAUACUCUUCGUCUUCAUCUCCGGCGGUGGCUCUGCACUUUUGCCCUUGCCCCGACCACCUUUGACCUUGGAGGACAAGCGCAGCAUUGCGGACAGGCUGAUGAAGCGAGGAGCCAGCAUCCAGGAGAUCAAUGCCGUGAGGAUCGCCUGCUCGGACAUCAAGGGCGGUCGCCUGGCCAGGUUUGCCGGCCAGGCAGGACUCCUGGUGACCUUUGUGCUAAGCGACAUCAUUGGAGAUCCCCUGGAGCUAAUAGCCUGCGGUCCCACCAUCCAACCCGUGGCCGGAGAAUCCCCAUCCAUCAUCCUCAAGAAGCAUCAGGUGUGGGAGGAACUCUCCCCGGAGAUACAGCAGGUGUUUGAAUCUCCGGCGGAAGCGGAUAAUCCAGUGCUGCCCGAGCACAAGGUCUUUGUGGUGGGCAGCAAUGUGAUAGCCACUUCCACAGCCGCCCAGGAGGCCGAAAAACUGGGUUACAUACCCUGUGUGCUCAGCUGUGCCGUUCAGGGAGAUGUGGCCCAAGUGGCUGGCGACUACCAGAGAUUGCUGCACGGCAUCCAGGAGGCCAAGCAGCAGGGCCCAAAGGACUCGCAGCUCAGGGAGAAGUACACCUUUGGGGAGAGGAGUUACCCAAUCUUCAGGAGAGCCCUGGAAGAACACCUAAGCAGCAAGAAGCCACUGUUCCUGAUCUGCGGCGGCGAGCCAGUCAUUAAAGUCACUGGCCAGGGAUUGGGUGGCCGGAGUCAGCACUUGGCGCUGCUAAUGUCGCAGGCUCUGCACCGCGACGAGGCCAUCAGGGACUGCACCUUCCUGAGCGCAGGAACCGAUGGCAUCGACGGGCCCACCGAUGCAGCCGGCGCCAUCGGAGACAGCAGCGUGGUAGAGUCCUAUCUGGGCGAUCACACCCUCGACGAGCUGGCCGAGACGCUGCGAAACUGCGACAGCUACAACUUCUACAAGAAUCUCGCGCAGGGUGAGCACCAUGUGCUCACCGGCCACACGGGCACCAAUGUGAUGGAUCUGCAUUUCCUGGUCGUGCUCUAGUCCGUAACGCCCCCGCCCAUUAACACAUAUAACAUGCAUGCCACAUAGAGAUGUGGGGCAGUUCGUUAAUGGAGCUGCUCUUGAACCGCAGACGGGCAAUAGUCGUUUAAAUUUGUUUUUACGAUUUUCCUCUUUAAUUUUGCUCUAUGAAAUUUUUACGACUUUUUUCAUUAACAUUUUUAAUAUGCAUUCAAAUUCAAAUAAUUUUGUGAUCUUUAUGCUCUGAGACGGUCUUCAGUGACAGCAUAAAAUGGCAAUUAGCUUUCGUCUCCGGUUAUGAAAUCAGCCUGGAAUUGUCUUGAUUGUAAUUAUGUGCCAGGCGAAAUGCCAUUCAAACGAGCGACAGAUGUGAUAAAUCAAUUUGUAUAUGCGAUCACCGCAGAGCAUAAAUAUAUAUAUAUCUGAGUAAUUUCCAUUUAAUUUCCAUUUCUUUUGUACUGCGUCUCAUAAAAAUGCGCUGCUAAUAAAUCAUCUUAAUUGUUCGAAACGCCAAAGGCAAACAGUAGCCAGCGAGCAGCGAUCAGCGAGCAACUACAACAAUAGCCAGCGAUAAUUGCAAUUAAAAAUGUAAAUUUAUUUGCUUCGCUUUAUUUUUAGAAACACUGAAAAAACUAAAACGCGACGCGCGCCCAGUUGCAAUUUAGCAAUUUUAGUAGCUAACACUUUGAGUGCAUAUUUUUCUAAUUGUGAUUGCUUUGCCUUUGCCCGCUUCUAUCAACGCUUCUUAUUGUUUACUUCGUGAGGAGCGCAAGUACUAGUUGUAGUAACUACAAUUAUUUUGCCGCGCAUAUGCCACAAUUAUUAAAUAAUCACAUUCGCCAGUCACUCUCUUGUGCUAUUUUCGCUCGAUUAGGUUUGUUAUUAACUACAUUCUGUAAUGCAUAUGCCAUUACUGAGGUGACUAAGCUCUGCUUCCUUUGAAACUAUACUAUGACAAAUCUGAGAUCUCUGUUCGCGGGGCACAAAAGCCAUUUGUCUUUCUGAGGGAUUGUCGUCAGAUAUCGAAGCUGUGAUUAGUUAGAUGGAGCAAAUAUUAGGGGAAAUUGUAGAUUUCUCAUAUACAUACAAGUACUAAAAAGGUAAAGAUAUAAACUGCAUAAUAUGAUAGUUCUUCAAAUUAUAAAUUAUAUAUUUCGUAAGGCAGUUCAAAAUACAUUCCCACAACUGAACACA